AUGGCAGAUGAGGGGACAUCAAGUAAAAGUAAAGGUCAUCAAAAUAUCGAGUUAAUAAAGAUGGAGAAUGAAGCCAGUCUCCAAGUUACCUUCUCAAAACAUCGAAGUAGCCUUUUCAAGAAGGCGAGUGAACUUUGCAUUCUUUGUAGACCAGAUGUUGGCCUUAUUGUUUUCUCCCCUAGAAAUAGGGCCUUCUGCUAUGGCAAUCCUAAUAUCGAUAUUGUGAUUGAUCGUUUUCUUAGUAUUGAUGUUUGUCCAGCUAAGAUCCUAACAACGACAAUGAUACUCAACAAACAAUCAGUAGGAUCAAUGAGGUGCUCAAGACAAGGAGGAGGCAGCAAGGAAGCGAGCUUGGAAGAGCUUGAAGUUUUGGAUGUUGGUACGAAGGCCUUGUGGAAUGAUGUUGCCGAACUUGCAAAGAAGCUAAAGAAGGAACAAGGUAACUCGAGUUCAGCUGAGGGUUCUCCAAGGGAUGACGGGAUGUUUUACUUAGAUCCAGCAAUGAAGGCCUUGAUUUCUCUCCCCAUGCAUAGUAUGCCCAGCAACCCAACUCAUGAAUAUACCCCAAGCAGUACUAAUUCAACUCCUCCCCUGAGUAGCUUCUGUAACCUAGACUCUGGCAAUCCAACCAUAAUGAUGAUGAAUAACCCGUUGAAUGAUUCAAGCAUGGCGUUAGAUCCUGUUGAUGACUUGAAGGCCAUGCCUAGGGAUCUCUUCAAUAAUUUAGUCAUGAUUGAGUCAGAUGAUCCAAUUGCAGCACUUAAUGCAGGAGAUAAUCCAGACAUAAUGUCUUAUGCCUUCGGGAACCAAAUUGCAACAAUGGAUAUUAAUCUAUCAAAUGAUCCAAAUAUCAGGCCUAAUGAGUUUUUUAAUCCGAGUACUAUACCUCAUGCACCAAAUGAUCCAAUUAGCACAACAUCCGAUACUCUAAAUAUGAUGCGUAUUGUGCCAGAUGAUUCAAAUCUAGACUCAGUAUUUGAUAGCUUCACUCUAGAGAUGCUGUUUGCGGAUCCAUUGGAUGAUGAGAACUUCAUUGUGGACAAUCCAAAUGAGGCGGCUAACAGUGAUAUUUCGAAAACAAUGUCGCCUCCUCUUGCAGGGAAUGUUCUAGGAAGCGGCCAAGGAUUUUAA